AUGGCCUCCAUGCAUCGUGUUGAUGGUGAUGGGAUCCUCUCACGGUUUAUAGCGCAAGGGUGUGUUGUGGGAAGAAGUUCUGCUAUGCGAGACCCUCUCUCUACGGUUCACAUCGACACAAAUGACAACCUCGCAAGGUUGUUUUCAGGAGAUUCCAAGUCAAACUUCAAUCGGGGUAAAAAAAGGUCUUUGACUGCCACCAACCAUAAUGCUAAGAUAAACAGUAAGGCUGUUGCUUUCAAAUUUUAUCUGCUCCCAAAAAAUACAUUGAGCACACCGUUGCCUGUUGAGGAGCUUGAACUCCUUCAGGCGGGCAUGGGGGAACAAAUGGUGAGCCUUCCUGAAAAUGGUGACCACACAGAGAUUUCCAGGCUCUUGGCUGAAACAUUUCCAAAAAUGGAGGGUCUUUGUGGAGGGUGGCUUUUGCAUAAGGCCAAAGGUGGGAGUGGUCGACGGAAACUGAUUGCCAUUCCACUUGAGGCAGAGGGCUAUACCACCAAAGGUCUGCGAGCCAUGGCAGCAGGCGGCCAACCCACUUUUUACAUUGUACCGCUUCAGGAGACAUUAGACACCGCUCCUCUUCCUCCCAACUCAUCUCAUUUCUCCAAAAUGCCAAAGACGGCAUGUUACCAGUGCAAUAAAUUGAUGCCUUUCCAGAUGCUUGCAGUGCACAUUAAGACAUGCAAGGAGAAUCUGUCUGACGAUGAUGAUGAGAGUGAUGACGAGUCCUCUGAUGACACAUGUGUUGUGGAGAGCAAGUGUAAGGUGGUUUGUCCAAUCUGCAACAAAGAAUUCCCAGAGGAUGAGAUCAAGGUCCAUGCUACUCUAUGUGGAGAGCGUUUGGAGGAUGUACUGCUCUUCCUCACACAACAAAUCGACACCACAUCGGAAUUUAAACUGUGUGUGGAUAGAGAAGACCUACUUGACAGGGGCCUUAGACAAUGGAAAAGGAGGAAAACUGCAUCUCCUGCAAGUGUUCUGAAGGUGGUCUAUAUAGGAGAGGCAGACAUUGACACAGAAGCAAUUAGAAAAGAGUUUCUGACUGAAAUGAUUUCAGGUAUUGAAAAGAGAUUUUUUGAAGGAGCUGGGACCCAGGGAAAAACCCCCAAAUACUCUUUGACUGACCUCGAUAAUGAUAAUUUCAGAACUAUCGGUGAAAUAAUGGCAGUCAGUCUUGCACAAGGUGGCCCACCUCCUGCGUUUUUGAAAGAGUGGUGCUACAAUUUCCUCUGCCUGGGAGAAAUUUACUGUCAGUCUCUGUCUAAGGAUGAUGUGACUGAUUCAGAGUCCUGUGUACUCAUCAGCAGGGUCGAAGAUUCUACAGAUGUCCAGUCUCUGAUGAUCUAUGCUGAUAAAAUUAUCAACUGUGGAUACACCAGCCAGAUCAAACUGGACUGCAAAGAAAGAAUCAUUCAAGCCAUUGUCAAACAUUCUGCAACAAGAGUGAUUCCAAUGCUGCAGCAACUAAGAAAGGGCAUGGAACUAUAUGGCCUGGUGAACCAGAUGGCAUCAAACCCUGCAGCUUGCCAUUCCUUGUUUGUUCCUGGGAAGAUCACCGAAGGUAUGGUUAUUCCAUCCUUGGAUGAAGGUGUCAAGGUCAGCCUGGAGUCGAGGGACAAAGAUGUGCACUACAUAAGCGAUAUUAAGCAGACCAUCUACCUCCAAAGAGUGGUGGACAUCAUGAUAACUCAAGAACGAAUACAGGGAAUAUUAUCAAACAUGCGAGAUAUUAAAUUUGGGGGUAUUGAGGUCAAAGGUCACAGAGGGGCUCGGAGCCCACUUCGUCGGAUCAUCAUGAAAGUGCUGGAAAGCCAAAAGAGAUCAGUGGACUUGGCCACUACUGCCGUCAGCGCUAUCGCUGGAGUCUACGCCAGCCUAAACAAGGGCUGUGAUGAUAUAUUACAGGUGAAGAAUGAGCGAGCGGCAUCAAACGCUGCCACAACCAGAAUGGUGAUUAAAACGACUACGAAGCUGCGCAACUUAGAGAUGAGUGUUCGUCGGAAUGCAGCAAGGGAUGAAAACCGCGAUGAGGACUAA